CUUUUGCCCUUCCUUCUUUCAUCAUGUCUCAAUUAGUGUACAGCAAGUUGCCACAGACUACAGCCUCCUUGGAACAUAUUCUUAAGCAUUUUAAAGCUUAUUCAGGAAAAGGUCCCAUGAUGGUAGGUGUCUCGGGUUGUCAAGGAAGUGGCAAGACAACUUUAUGCGAGACCCUCACCGGGUUACUAAAGACCGCAGGCUACAAUGUGGUUCACUUUUCGAUGGAUGAUCUCUAUCUUACUCGUCAGGACCAAAUACGAUUAUCCAAUCAAUACCCCCAUAACCCAUUAUACCAACAACGAGGACAGGCAGGAUCCCAUGAUCUUUUGUUGGCACAAGAGACAUUGGAAGGGUUAAAGAAAAAGGAAAAGGGUAUCACCCUCUUACCUGUGUAUGACAAGUCAAAAUACGGUGGUAUGGGAGAUCGAUUAGAUAAAAGUGUUUGGAAGGAGGCACAAGCGCCUUUACAGAUGGUUCUGUUUGAAGGUUGGAUGCUUGGAUUUAAACCGUUAUUAGCUUUACCACAAGAAGAAAAAUUGAGUUGUUCAAGAGAGGAUGCGGAGGUCAUGAAUGAACAUUUGAAGGCAUAUGAAGAUCUAUUGUAUCCCUAUCUUGAUAUUUUCAUUCAUUUAUCACCCAAGGAACGGGAACAAGUGUAUCAAUGGAGAUUAGAGCAGGAACAUCAUAUGAAGGUAUCUCGUGGUGUAGAAGGAUUAUCGGAUGCUCAAGUGAAAGCCUUUGUGGAUACUUACAUGCCUGCCUAUCAAUUGUAUUUACCUCGAUUGGAUAAAGUGGGAUUCUUUGGUCUGGGUGAGCAAGGUGAACCCAAGAAGGAUUAUGAGGGACCUAAUAGAAAAGAUGGUGGUUAUAAUGGAUCUAAUAAGCAUCUAAGAAUCGUAUUGGAUUCUCAUCGUCAAGUUAUACAAUCCUUGACCAUUCCACCCUAACCAAUUAAACAACAACAAAAAAAAAAGUAUUCACAGUCCGCCCCACUCUCCAAUGGAGAGAGACACCCACCCAUACACACACACACACACAGACAAAAAAAAAAAAAAAGAAUAAAAUUUUUUCCUUUUCCACCUCUGUA